AUCAUGAAACGGUGCCGUUUCGUUGUCCGUUUGUAUGCCUACGUGCAAUUGAAAUCUGCCGUAGAUCCGACUCAACGGUGAACACCGACACCUCCUGAUCUCUUUCUCCACCGUCGGAUCUGCUGACUCAAACCCCACAAAUUUCAUGCAGACAGAUCACCAUCUUCAUGAUGACAGAUCCAACUGUAACCUAGAAACCCUAGAAAUCCCACUCAAAUCCUCACAUCUUACACUCAAUUUACACUUACUGUAGCUGUUGUCGCUUCAUCUUCGUCCUUGUUUCAGCAAUUUCCAUUGCCCAAAUGUCAACAUCAAUACACCAAAGACAACAACAGCAACCCCACCAUCACCACCACCUUCUUUCUAACCCUAACCCGAUUUCCCCGCGAAAUCAGCCCGAUUGGCGACGACCCAUCUCGAUUUUCGGCCGAACGGGGCUGUUGAUUCUUCUAACACUGAUGGUGGUUGUCGGGGUUUUGCUGCCGACCAUGAAGAUGAGAAUGCCGGAUGGGCUUUUAUCCCGAGCUUCCGUUUCGAAAUGGAGAGACUACACGCUAGCUCAAGCGGCGGAGUUCGUGGCCAAGAACGGGACUGUGAUUGUGUGUGCAGUGAGUCAGCCUUAUUUGCCGUUUUUGAACAAUUGGUUGAUUAGUAUUGCAAGGCAAAAGCAUCAGGACAAGGUUCUUGUGAUUGCAGAGGACUAUGCCACCCUUUAUACCGUCAAUCAGAAAUGGCCUGGCCAUGCUGUUCUGGUUCCGCCAGCCCCUGACGCUCAAACUGCCCAUAAGUUUGGUUCUAUGGGGUUCUUCAAUUUUACUUCCCGAAGGCCUCGCCAUCUACUGAAUAUUUUAGAGCUUGGAUAUAAUGUUAUGUACAAUGAUGUUGAUAUGGUGUGGAUGGCAGAUCCAUUUCCCUAUUUGCAAGGGAAUCAUGAUGUCUACUUCACUGAUGACAUGGCUACAGUGAAACCUCUGAACCACUCUCAUGAUUUACCACCUCCAGGGAAAAAAGGGCGCACUUACAUUUGCAGCUGCAUGAUUUUCAUGCGCCCCACUAAUGGAGCAAAGUUGGUCAUGAAGAAGUGGAUUGAGGAACUUCAAGCUCAGCCAUGGUCCAGAGCAAAGAAGUCAAAUGAUCAGCCUGCUUUUAACUGGGCAUUAAACAGGACUGCAGGAGAGGUGGAUCUCUACCUGCUGCCCCAGGCAGCAUUCCCCACAGGAGGAUUAUACUUCAAGAACAAAACAUGGGUGCAGGAAACCAAGGGAAUGAAUGUUAUCAUCCAUAACAAUUAUAUCACGGGUUUUGAGAAGAAGAUAAAGCGCUUCCAGGACUAUGGACUCUGGUUGCUAGAUGAUCAUGCACAAGAAUCCCCACUUGGCAAACUAUAAAAAAACCGAAACCCCAUCAUCUCUUUCAGCAGAACCAAGCAGAGUCAUGGUUCAACCCCGCAUGAAAUGCAACCUACCAAUUAGUUCAUGAUUUCUGCAUGUAACCUUCAGCCAUGGAAUCAAACUGGAGGGUUCACCAUUGACAACUACUCAAAUCUUCCACGCUUUGUUGUCUCCCAUACCUGAAUUGCACCAAACAUCAAACUGCAGAAUGGUCCAGAUUGAUUGUUGUUUUUCUCCUGUCUGUUAGGGAAGGUGAACUGUUUAGACUGAUUCAUCUCUGUAUUCUUUACAAUGCACACAGCAUUUGUUAUCAAUCUAUAACUGCUCAAAUUCAGGCUUUUCAAUACACAGUAUUUGUUACCAAUCA